AUGGAAUACCUCAGCGCGCUGCAAUCGUCCGCGCUCACCUCGCCCAGCAAACCGUCCCUCUUCGAACUGCUCUCGGAAUCGCAACUCAACUGCCUCCUGCCGCCGACGCUGCGCUAUCUCCUCGCGCUCCUCACGCACCGGCACCCGCGCCACCUCCUCCGCAUCCUCAACUCCUUCGACGAAGUCUACGCGCUCCUCUCGCUCGUGGUCGAGAAAUACUACCUCGAGACCUUCGGCGGCGGGUUUACCGAGAACUUCUACGGGCUGAAGAGGGAGAAGGUGCUGCGGGUGCGCGGUGGGGAGGCGAGGAGGACGGGGUUGGCGGUGCCGGCGGAGCUGAGGGAGAGGCUGGCCGUCAGCACUUCGAGGCGCCAUGUGUGGAGCAAUCUGGCGGUCAUGGUCGGGGUGCCGUAUCUGAAGAGGAAGCUGGAUGAGGCGUAUGAUGUGCAUGUUGCGCCGUCGCGCGCUUUGAUUGUGGGCGGCGGACCGCAGUAUGUCGAUCGUGAUGCGCUGCCGUCCAAUCCGACGUGGAGGCAGAGGUGGCGCUGGUGUUGUAGGUGGUUUCUCAGACGCGUGUAUCCGAGCGUGAACGCGGCUUAUUAUUUCUCCAUACUGGGGUUCUCGUUGGGGUAUCUGUUUGAUGGAACGAAGUUUUCGAGCCCGUUCUUAUGGCUGGGGGGCACGAGGAUGAGAAGGUUGGGCGAGGCGGAUUACAGGGCGUUUGCGCUGGCGGCGGAGAGGAAGAUACCGGGUCUUGAUUCCGGGCUCGGUUGGAGGAGUAUCUUCGAUCGGAGGGUGUUGUACGCGAGGUUAUUGUCCAGUUUGAGGAUCCUGCUCCCGGCCAGUAUCUUCGCGUUGAAGUUCUUGGAGUGGUGGCAUGCUUCCGAUUUCUCAAAGCAGUUGAGCAGAAAGGCAGCGGAAGGUCUGGAAUUGCCGCCGCCCAUCGUUUCGGGGAUGGGAUACGGCGACGAGAAACAGACAGACGCCAAAGCUAGCAAAGCCAACCGAGAUCCCCCAAUAUCCAGCACGAGCUACCUCCCAAUCCUCACUGUCCCUCCACCGCCCUCCAGCGAUCUCUGUCCGAUAUGCCUCCACCCAAUCUCCAACCCAGCAGCAUGUCAGACCGGCUACGUCUUCGACUACAAGUGCAUCUUCCGGUGGAUCGAAGGUACUCAUGAAAGGCAGGCGGCGUGGAUGAGAGGCGAGAAGAUGAGUGAAUGGGAGGAUGAUGACGGUGAAGCGGGUGCUGGCGAUGGUGCUGACGAUGGAGAGAAGAGAGGUGAGGUGGAGGAGAAAACUCCAUCAAGCAGAGAAGGAAAAUGGGACAGCGGUAAAGGUAGAUGCGCAAUCACAGGCCGGAGAGUCUUGGGCGGCACCAGUGGCUUGCGCAGGGUCAUGGUAUGA